CCUACCUGUCAUUCGAGCACACAACACACACACACAAUCAGGGGACGCUACACGUGAGUGACGUCACAGUGUAUUGUGCAGUGGGGUAAUGUGUAGUCUGCUGUUAGUUCUGACUUUGACUCAAAGUGGGCCGUUAUUUAAAAGUAUCUGUGAUCAGGUGACAUGGGUCAGGCAGCAUCGUGUGGGUCUAGAAAAGUUGUAGCCAACCAGAGCUACGAUCAUCACGUGACCAGUUAUCCAGCCAAAGAUAGGAUGGAAACACGUUUGACAGACACUAGGUCGUUAGACAUAAAUAUGACAUAUACUAGGGAGCUAGACAGAGAUUUGACAGAUACUAGAGAGUUAGACAGAGAUAUGACAUAUACUAGGGAGCUAGACAGAGAUUUGACAGAUACUAGAGAGUUAGACAGAGAUAUGACAUAUACUAGGGAGCUAGACAGAGAUUUGACAGAUACUAGAGAGUUAGACAUAAAUAUGACAUAUACUAGGGAGCUAGACAGAGAUUUGACAGAUACUAGAGAGUUAGACAGAGAAAAAACAGAUAAUAGAGAGUUAGACGGAGAUUUGACAGAUACUAGAGAGUUAGACAGAGAUUUGACAGAUACUAGAGAGUUAGACAGAGAUUUGACAGAUACUAGAGAGUUAGACAGAGAUUUGACAGAUACUAAGGAUUCAGACAGAGAUUUGACAGAUACUAGGGAUUCAGACAGAGAUAUGACAGAUACUAGGGAGUUAGGGUUAGGGAUAGAUUUGACGGACACGAAACUGCUAGGCCGACAUUUAAGAGACGAGAGACAGCUGGAGGAUGUGCGUCAGGUACUACAUGACUCACCUCACCUGAUGGUAACUGUCCAGAAUAUUCUGGAACUCACCGAGUCUGAGAGCGGGGAACUUAAGGCAGACAUUUUAAGUCUGUCCAGUAACUCUCGAGACAGACAACUGGUGGAGGAGGUUCUAAAUAUGACAGACUUUUUCAAGCAGACGAUGGCGAUGUUUACGUCUGGCCACAGACAGACAGACAGACAAACCGACAGACUGACAUGCUUGCAGCUAUGGAACAUUCUGUCUGGAACAUUGCCUUCGGUCAUCGCGGAACUCAGCGCCAAAGAUCAUCUUCAGCAUCUGUCAAAUGACGUCAUUCGUUGGCUGCGAAACGACGAUGAACACCCACAGCCCAGAGAGCAGAUAGAGACGCUGAAGCUACUGUGGGGCGCUAGCCAGCACCCUGAGGGCGCCUUGUGGGUGCCAGACCUUAAAAUGGAGGCUGUGCUCACGGGACUACUUCUCAAACAUCAAGGUCAAGAAGAGCUGAGCACAUGGCUUGAGAUACUAUUGACCAGUGGCCUAGAUGAAACUCGGCAACAAUAUACAACAGCAGGGUAUGGCGUCAUGGACAAGAUGAUCAGUCAGUUACGUCAUCCUGGCGAGUCACAAGCUAAGCACAAUGUCAGCACCAAAGUUGUCCUGCAAGUUGUGGCACAUCUGCUGAAUGAUGAGGACAUGAUUGAGAGAUUUGACCAAAAGGGGGGCCCGGGACUCAUCCAAACGUUCUUGACCUCCCCUGACCCUGAGAUCCAAGUGUGUGCAGCAGAAUGUCUGUAUCAGCUGGGAUGGAAUCCUGACAUCUGGCAUCGUCUGAUGGAAAGCGAAGAAGUCAAACAUCUACUGGACAGUGGAUUUGAAGGCUCACUUGACCCACACAUGAAAGACGUCUGUAUCAGAUUUAAAGUUCUAGGAAAAAUCCACAAACCACCCGUAGGUGAACAAACCCCAGCACUAAGCACACAUUUUCAACCUCAUGUCAUGCUCAGCUAUAACUGGAAUGUCAAGGACAGUAUACAUCGCAUUAACGAAAAUCUAAGCAAGAACGACAUUGCUACGUGGCUAGACACUAAGGACAUGGGGGAUCAUUUGAUGGACAGCAUGGCAGAGGCUGUAGAAAAGGCUUACGUUGUUGUCAUAGCGGCCACAGAAAAGUACCAGUUCAGCAAGAACUGUAAGCUAGAAGCGAAAUACGCGCAUCACCUUAACAAACGGCUGAUAUUUGUGAAGUUGGACAGCUACAAGCCGACCGGCUGGCUGGGCCUAUUACAAUCUGACCUCUUGUAUAUCAAUUUUACCAAGAAUUUUGAUGACGCAAUGGAACAGCUGAUUACAGCUAUAAAAAACCAGCGGGAACAAAAUGACGCCGGCCACAACAAAGGAGCGACUCAGGUGGAGCCUUCAACAAGUGCUCGGGCCACAGAGAAACUUAUGGCACAAACAGAUACCAGAGGGAAGUCUUCACCAGAUACUGAAAGCUACGGGGACGGCUCGUCUACUCCCAUCUCUGAGAACAGCUCGGCUCGUGGCUCGUCUACUCCCAUCUCUGAGAACAGCUCGGCUCGUGGCUCGUCUACUCCCAUCUCUGUGAACAGCUCGGCUCGUGGCUCGUCUACUCCCAUCUCUGAGAACAGCUCGGCUCGUGGCUCGUCUACUCCCAUCUCUGAGAACAGCUCGGCUCGUGGCUCGUCUACUCCCAUCUCUGUGAACAGCUCGGCUCGUGGCUCGUCUACUCCCAUCUCUGAGAACAGCUCGGCUCGUGGCUCGUCUACUCCCAUCUCUGAGAACAGCUCGGCUCGUGGCUCGUCUACUCCCAUCUCUGAGAACAGCUCGGCUCGUGGCUCGUCUACUCCCAUCUCUGAGAACAGCUCGGCUCGUGGCUCGAACUUCCGCUCGAAACAAAAUACCUCGAUGGCAUCGGUGGGGCAGAGAGGACAAGUCGACCACGUUAAAGGACACAAAAAUAAACAAAACGGCGGCCAGAAAGACAGGACAACCAGAAACCAAGAAAAACAAGAGAGAAAAUCACGCAGAUCUAGUGGUCAUCUCGUGCAAGUUCCCAGGCAAUCAGAUGGACCAGUUUUCAAUCAACCAAUUUACUGUCCAGCAUACUACUUCAUUAACUGGACCAUCGGCAGUUCAAAGGUCGACGGCUGUAGGAAAGGCUGUCCAGAAUGUCUGCUACAACAGGUCAACGGUCGAGGUCACGACCCCUUCAGUCGCUAUAACGUCACUCAUACCACAGGUCAACGACCCCUUCAGUCGCUAUAACGUCACUCAUACCACAGGUCAACGACCCCUUCAGUCGCUAUAACGUCACUCAUACAUCAGGUCAAAAGUCGAGGUCACGACCAUUUCAGUCAUAUAAUGUAGUCAUUCUAGGUUUCUUGUCAGCUUUUCAAGUAGAAUUUACUCGAAGGUGUGUGAGGUGAGCUGGAUGGUGUGGUGUGGGAUGUGUGGGGAUGUAUGGUGUUUUGUGGGGAUGUGUGAGGUGAGCUGGAUGGUGUGGUGUGGGAUGUGUGGGGAUGUAUGGUGUUUUGUGGGGAUGUAUGGGGAUGGUCCAGUGCGUCACGCAACAUGUAAGACGAAACAACAAUAAACGGUUACAAAACAAGACUUAAUGAAACAAAGGCUUGUUAACACUAAAUUAAUUUAAUACUGUAUCCACCAUCUACACAACAUAGUCUAUUCUAAAUGUGAAUACAUACAUAAGUACGCAAACUAAGAUAGUGGCUAACUAACAGUACAGAACUAACCUACACUAAGAUACAGUGGCUAUCUAACAGUACAGAACCAACCUACACAAACUAAGAUACAGUGGCUAACUAACAGUACAGAACCAACCUACACAAACUAAGAUACAGUGGCUAACUAACAGUACAGAACCAACCUACACAAACUAAGAUACAGUGGCUAACUAACAGUACAGAACUAACCUACACUAACUAAUAUACAGUGGCUAACUAACAGUACAGAACUAACCUACACAAACUAAGAUACAGUGGCUAUCUAACAGUACAGAACUAACCUACACAAACUAAGAUACAGUGGCUAACUAACAGUACAGAACCAACCUACACAAACUAAGAUACAGUGGCUAACUAACAGUACAGAACCAACCUACACAAACUAGGAUACAGUGACUAACUAACAGUACAGAACUAACCUACACAAACUAAGAUAAUGGCUAACUAAAAGUACAGAACUAACCUACACAAACUAAGAUACAGUGGCUAACUAACAGUACAGAACUAACCUACACAAACUAAGAUAAUGGCUAACUAAAAGUACAGAACUAACCUACACAAACUAAGAUACAGUGGCUAACUAACAGUACAGAACUAACCUACACUAAGAUACAGUGACUAACUAAAAGUACAAAACCAACCUACACUAACCUUGUGGGAUAACUGGAUGGAACUGAGACCAUCCCACACGUUCUCAAACACAGGCAUAAACCGGUCUGUCGCAACUCACAGCAACAAGAUUGAAUAGUGACAAACGGGACAGGGUGCAAGGUAUAAACAACUUUCACCCCCCACAAGGUAUAAACAAC